AUGGGCUUUCUUAGAUCGUCUAAGCUGCUCGCCGUUUUGCAGAACGGUGAAUUGGAAAUCAGGCACGUGCGCAUUAAGAGCAGCUGUGUGAAAUGUCGAAUGCUUGUGGAUACCCAUCCGCGCUGGUGCAAGAUUCUGUGGAACAGAAACGGCACGUUGCUCAUUUCUGUACGAAGCACACCGGUCAUAGACGUGCUCGAUUCUUACGGCAACUAUUGUUACAGCAUCAAAAUGAUGUUUUCUUUAAGGUCCGAUAAGUUAUACACUUUGCAGCACUGCGGUGUAUUUCGGGCGUACGGCAUAGGGCACCUUAAUGGCUACGAGAAUCUCUUCACUGUUGACUUAUCAAACUUUGAAUAUGGUUUCUUUACCACGUUGUUGGUAGAUACGGAAAGAAACCUAGCCCUGAGUUCUCAGGCGUUUUGUUACAAUGGUAGCGACGACACAUCAGAAACGCUAUGCAACGGAACCGGGAUUGGAUUGCGAUUGUGGAGAAUGAUUGAUUCGCCUCCUUUCCUUAUCCCAUUCGAUGUUGUUUCUCAAACGCAGGAAUUGAUCAUCAACGACACCUCCGGUUCGGUUUUCGUCCAGUCUGUCGAUGCCGAUACGACUGCGAUGGAUCAUCGUCGUGCCAAAUUCCACUCAUGUGUCUCUGCAUCGGCACACCAACCUCGGCACAGCUUUUUUCUGGAAUGGAUGACGUCGAUGUUUUUCGGAUUUGCGGCUGAGGAUGUGUCAAAAACUGCCUGUACGAUUACCUACACUUUGUGGGAGCUUGUCGAGCUGACUGCCGAGGAACUGCUGCAAAAGAAGCUGUCGAAGAAGGACUAUGAAGGCGCUAUGGCCGUCGCCAAACAGUUUCACAUCACUACUGACGUCAUUUACAAGGACUUAUGGCGGCACAGUUCGAUCGGAAAAAACAGCAUAAAGUGGUUUCUGUCAAAUAUAACAGACGAUCGUUGGGUCCUCAACGAAUGCCUGAUCAGAGUUUGUGCCGAAUAUGCGGAUAAUUAUAAUUUACUUAUCUUUGGAAUCAACCUCGCGACUAAACAUAUUAACGAAGGAAGGGAAUAUGAAGAAGCCAGGCGCAUAUUACUGAAGUAUUUGCACACACUUCAAGACUACGGGGAAAUAAUCGCAGUGCCUACAAACCAGUGGCCCACCUUCCAUAGCCGCGAUUAUAAAUAUUUGCGCAGCAAAGACCCGUUGAGCAUUGCUGUCCAUUUCGCCAGGGAAAGUAACGUGGUGGGCGUCAAAACCAUGCUAUUGCGUCAUAAACCAUUCCUGUAUCCCUACUGGUUGUACAUUUUGAACAAUAUCCCCGAAACGGCUAUGAUUCGAAGUUACCAGCACUUGUUACCGAAUGACAAAGACCUUGUCACAACCUGGGCUUUUAAGCCGCAUCCCUUAUCUGAAGCACUGGAUGAUCUUACGUCUUUUCCGCCUGACGAGUUUUGUGAAGAAUCAAAAGUAGCGCAAGCCGCAGAGAGUUUUGAGUACAGAAUAGUUCUGGACUGGUAUGAAUUCAGAGCUAUUGAAAUCGAAGUGCUUACCUUUCUGCCAGAACGGUCCGUUGAGUUUCUGCAGUUCGCCAUUGAAAACGGUUUUGAGACGAAACAGUCUGAAUUUGUGGAACGAUUUUGGAACGUCAUGUUACCAUACAUAUAUUUCUAUUCAAAGCACUUUGACGUUUCGCAGGAGCAGCUGCUCACCGAGUUUUUCGUGUCCGUCUCAGAGUGGUCCCUUGGCUGCGUGGCCGCUGUUUUUUCAUCGCAGCGGGCAUUGGAUGAGAAGCUUUUUCAAGAAAUGACAGUGUCUAACGAAGUGUACCUGCUCGAUAGGUGCUUUUCCGCCGUAAAAGGUGAAAUGGAUUUCGCUGCAUGUAGGGAACUUUUGGAUGUUACGUCUAGGAAAGCAGAAAGAUCAGAUAACUCGAAUGCAGGCUCUAGGUAUCUGUGCGAACUUGACCGCUUGAUUAAAGCAAUGCAGCUGUUAGAUGUGACAGUCGACGUCCGUUUGGUGUACAGUGAGUUCCGCGACAUCCGUUUAGACGACGCGAAAUCGGCGUCUUUCUUGAAGUCACUUAUACGUUUGUUGUUGAAGAAGGGUGGGUACAAGCAAGAACAGCUGUUUCAAAUGCUGACCGUUUUAUCUCAUCGUAAAUGUAUCUGCAUAAGUCUUGCCGACUCUUUGAAAAUUUACGCUCAAGUGUUGCUUGAGUCAAAAGACUCCUCCUUGAUACAGAGCAUGUCUGGGCUUAUGCGGUCCGCAGAUUUUUCAUUGUUAGUUUCAAAUGAUAAUUUGUGCGAAAUUAUUAGCAACGUUGUGCUGACUUACAUAAACGAAGCUGAGUCUUGCUUUGACUCGGUGCUGCAAUACGCUAUAGAAGUGCUGGCUGUUUUGGAUGCAAGUUGCCAUUCUGCAGAGCUGAAUUAUCAGCAACGCUUCUUGAACGCUCUGACAUGUUUGAAUGUACUGAAAAUCAAAGAGCGACCUCGCAGGUUGAUACGAAACCGUUCGGUGCUACAAAGCAACUGGCUCGAGACGAUCUUUGCUUGUGACCGGGCUUACGAACAUUGCAACGAAAUUUUGGACGCCGUUCAUAUUCUGGCUCCGGACGAAUUUGCAAGCGUCAUGCCCCUGGCAGUGUUGAAAUGCGCUGAACAGUCGUAUGGCGUUGCGAAUCUGAAAGCUUGUCAUAGUUUUUGCCAAAAGAUAGUUUUGUCCAAUUUUGCUCCCGGAUGGAAAAUCUGCAGUGAACUAGGAAUGCGCAAGGAAAUGUCCUCUUCUGACGCGACACAAAUGCUGUGCUUCGCGUUGCUUCAUUGCAACAGCAGAAAUAUUUCAAGCCUGAUUAAAAAUAUAACAGUCAGACAGGUAGAGAGUAACGCUUCCUUAUGCCCUAGUCGGAACAUGCUUCGAGGUGUUGACGUGACGCCAAGCAGUACACCAUCGAUGCGUCCGUUCAUUGAAGAUUUGUUCACCAAAACCAGCGUUGACCUUAUAAUAGCGACGAUGUCAGCCAGGUUGUUUUUCGAUAAGUACACCGCAUCCACCAACAGAAUAGAAUCUGAUGGCUUACUGGCGCACCUGUCUGCGGCGUCUAUUCCACAGGACCUUCGCUACGCCUUGGCAUGCGUCCUGUGUAUUGCGGAUGGCAGUCAGGCUAGCACAGUUUUCGAGAGUGCACCCGGUUCCUUAGAACUCGCCCAGUGCGCCGUGCUUUACUACAUGUUGCGCAGCGUAGACAAAAAAUAUCUUGCUGGCUGGUUGAAUGGUGAUUCAUUGUCGACUACUACGCAUUCGUUGACGAGUCCUUCUCAAGUUGAAGACACAGACAGUAUACGCCGAUGGUCGCUCGUCUACCGUCGAUAUCUUCGCGACAUAAUUAUGACGAUACUGCCAGAAGGUGUGAACAAGAAAUCGUUCUUUUGCAGCGUCGAUUACUGCCGUGAUACAAUUAUUGGAAUGGCACUGUAA